UCUGUUCCAUCGCACAUCUGAAGUCAAUGGUAUUCUCCGGUUGGAACGUUAUUCAAGAUUUAUGUUAAAAACAUUCUAAAGAUUGAUUCAACAGAUCGUUUGCAUGUUUCUACUGACUGUUACGGAACUUUUUGACAUUUCGUCUGCUUUUAGUGAGUGCGCUUCCUGACUUUGGAUUUGUUUACCAAACACGCUAACAAAAAUAGAUAUUUGGACAUAAAUGAUGGACAUUACCGAACAAAACGAACAUUUCUUGUGGAAGUGGGAGUCCCGGGAGUGCAUUCCGACGAAGAUCAGCAAAGGCUCUGGGUCCUGAAUUUAUCAGGAUGGCUGACGAACCCCAUGUAGAUCUGGAGCUUCCCGGAUCCAUAGUGUCUAAGAAGGGUAGGUCUAGUUCGUCCCAGAGAGAGGUUAGUGUGGUGUUGCCCAGUGGUCAGUCUGUAUUGGUCAGAUGUGACAAAAAGUCCAGAGGGAGAGAUGUGUUCGACAUGGUGGUGGCUCACGCUAACCUGGUAGAGCACUUCUACUUCGGACUGGCCUUCAUCGAUGAUGAUGAAUAUUUUUUCCUGGACCACGAGAUUAAAAUCUCAAAAGUUGCUCCUGACAGUUGGAAAAAAGUAGUGUCGACUUCUUUUCUUGUUUUUCUACGGGUCAAGUUUUUCGUUGACGACAUCUCUUUCAUAUUACACAGGGUGACGCGUCACCAAUACUACUUGCAGCUGCGGAAGGAUAUCCUAGAGGACAGGUUGUACUGCAACGAGGAGACAUGCAUGUUCCUGGCGGCUCUUGCUCUUCAGGCAGAGUUUGGGGACUACAUGUCUGAGUUGUAUGGUAGGAACUACUACCAGCCGGAGCAGUAUGUGUCCAAGAGAAUGCUGGAGAAGAUGGCUCUGCCCACUCUAAAGGAGGAGUUGUCCCGUUUCCACGCUAACAAUGCCCAGAUGCUGCCCGAGGAGGCUGAGACCGAGUUCCUAAAAAUCGCUCAGCAGCUUCCAGAGUAUGGGAUGAUGUUCCAUCGGGUAGGCCGGGAGAAGAAGCCGGUGGUGGGGGAGCUGGUGCUGGGAGUCUGUGCCACUGGAAUCAUUGUCUAUGAGCUGAAGAACCACCUCCGUACCGUCACACGACGAUUCCUCUGGAGGGAGACCGAUACCAUCUCUGCCAAUCGUUGUAAACUGACAAUAGAGUGUGGUGGUCCCAGCAAUAAGAAGCACAGUUUUGUGACAGAGAGUUCUAAGAUUGCUCAGUACCUCCUUAGUCUCUGCUCCGCGCAGCACAAGUUCCACAGUGAAAUGACCUCCAGGCAACUCAACUACAGCAUCGCUCAAGAUGAGAACAUUGAGAAGUACCAGUCUAUCUGUCGGACACGUGACUCCCAUAUGAAGCGUCUUUCAUGUUCCGAGGUCGUCCUGAACAGUGUAGAGAUACCGGCCAACCUCAGCCAACGCGAGUCGCUAAGUAAGUUGUGUGAUGACAUCACAGCGAAGGUGGAGGCAUGUCUACGGCAACAGAGUGAGAUGAGGGAAAUCAACAGAGAUCUACCCGAGCCAUGCCCACUGUCAGAGGUGAAGGAACAGGCCUGGAGUACUUCAGAGCCCAUCCCCAGAAUCAUCUCCAAUGCCUCUCUACAGAAACAGGACUCUGAGGGCUUCUUAGAGGCCCCCUCCACAAGCUCCUCCAUACGAGUAGACACAUUAACCAGGGGUUCUCCAGAGCGAGAGAUCAUCUGUCUGGUCCUACGGAAAGACCCUAAAUUGGGCUUUGGUUUUGUGAUAGUGGGGGAGGACAACACAGGGAUCCUGGACCUGGGAAUCUUCAUAGCCUCCAUCGUACCUUACGGACCAGCGGACAGAGACGGCAAAAUCAGACCAGGUGGUCGUCUGAUCUCUCUGAAUAAGAUCAGUCUGCAGGGCGUGACGUUCACCAAUGCAGCAGCCAUCCUCCAGAGCAGCCCUGAUGAGGUGGAGCUCAUCGUCUCACAGCCCAAAUGUUCUCUGAGGGACAGUAAGGGCUUGCUGCCACCCAGUACCCGGGAUUCUCUGAGGGACAGUAAGACUUCUCUGGCCCCCAGUACUCAGAGUCUGAUGUUGGAGAGGGGCUUUGGGUCCCAGACCACCCUGAAUGGGACAGAGGAAGCACUGGCUCUGUCUAACAUGGCCACAUCUAAACAUGGCAAGAGACUCCACAACCCUGUGGUUCGGAUCCUAGACGCUCAGAGGGUCUUGUUCCUGCUCAGUGGGGCUCUGUCUGAGGUCCACCUGACUCUCUGCAGACCUGUUCCUGGAGUACUGUCUCAACUGCACGCUGACACACUGGUUCCUUUCCCAUCUCCUACCAGUGGGGUGAGGUCCAAGUCUCUAGACAUCAGACUGGGAGAAGACUACAGCCAGCUACUCAAGCUACAGUCACACCAGAUUCACCAGGACCAUCAGUACAACAAGGAGAACCAGGCCCAGAAGGGGCCUAUGAAGUCAUCAUAUGCCCAGGAACAAGCAUCCAGUCAAGAGAGUCAGGACAGCGAGAUGAUAGCAGCUGAGAAACAGCCAUCCUCACUCUCUCCCACCCCUCCCUCACCCCCCUCCCCGAUUUCCCUCGCCAGCAGAAGUGACCCAGCAGACCAUGAAAAGUUGUCUGUUGUGGACGAUGAAGUUUCCGAAGAAAUUAGCUUGGCAUCUGGUGGGUCCAAGACCAGCGUUAGUCUCAUGUACGCCAGUUGCAUCAGAGACGAGGCGGAUGGCGGUUUGACAUACUGCCUUAUGGGUGAUCAAAUAACCAUUCUGGCUGAUCAAGAGUACUUGACCAUCAGUUCAACUUCUGACAGUCCCUCUAGCCUCACCUCAAAAACCUCACGUACCCCUAGUGUGGUUUCACACACCACCUCUCAUACACCCAGGCCCAGAUCCACCACCCCUACUAGUGUCCGAUCCACCAGCCCCAAUUGUACUUCCAUCCCCCACAGCUUGUCCUCGCAGACCACAAGCUCAACAAACCCCAAUCUGUCCUCGAAAACCGCCUCUGUCCAGCAGACACGAUCUCAGCCCUCUUCUAGGCCUCCAUCCAGCCUCUCUUCUAGGAUGUCUGACCUCAACAUCAGCCACUCUGUGCAUCAUCCCCAGCCCCAGCCUGCUACACCCCCUCUUCCCAGCCUCUCCUCCCAUACUGCAAACCCUAACUCCAGGACCUCCGACUGCAAACACAGCUUUACCUCCAAUCGUAAACAUAGCAUCACCUCUGAUUGCAAACCCAGCAUCACAUUCAAGACUACCAAUGCCUCCAACAUCAUUAGUACAGUCAUCCAAUACCAUCCCCAGCCCCCUGACACCUUGCCCCUCUCUCAACCCCCCACACACCACCCCUCUCCCCAGCCUCCACCAUCCUCACUCUCUCCCCUCAUUCAGCCUGCACCCCUCCCAUGCACAAAUACUACCUGGAGACAGGAGACAGAAGGGGAGGAGGAUGAAAAUGAUGAUGAGGAUCCAAGAAAGGUUAUGAUGGAGUUUGAGAUGUGUGUGGUUCUGACCAAGUUGUCGCGCAGUAGUUUUGGGUUCACCAUCACACGCAGCAAACUGGAUGCCUGCUACUACAUCCAGGACAUACUGGACAACCCUGCUAAGACUGACGGACGGCUCAGACCAGGGGACAGACUAAUCACGGUCAACGGCCAGGAUGUGACAAACGUGACAGAUGAGGUUGCCAUGUCGAUCCUGAGGUCAUCUCCUAGGAGGCUGAGUAUGACCCUGGGGAGGGCAGUGACCAACCUGAUAGCUCCACCUUCUCCAGACAACCUGCAAGACAUCAUUCUACACAAGACACCUACUGGACAGCUUGGUAUAAAGCUGACAGGUGGUAUAGGCAGCAAGAGGCAGGGGAUCUACUGUCUGGAGGUGGUUCCUGGUUCACCUGCCUGUGAGGAAGGCAGCAUCCAACCAAACGACAGGAUCCUGUACAUCUGUGGCCGAUGCACCAUGGGAAUGACUUUAGAGGAUGCUGUCAAGGCCUGUGAGAACGCUCCACGCAAAGUGAAACUCAAGGCCACCAGAGAUGAUCAGCCUGUGACGCCCAAAGCCAAGAGGAAUGGUCUCAGUGACCUGAGAGAGUGGAAGAAGGAGAAGGAAUGGAAGUAUUUCACUCAUUUUGAGGAACCUGCCUUUCCUGAGCCAGAGACACCUACAGAGCAGGCUAAAGCCGUGACCGAGACCACUGGGAAAUUCAGAUCACGUCUUUUUGUCACCUCAGAUCAAGAUAGCUGUAUCUUGCAGAUAGAUGUCUGUAAGCCAGAGGGAGGGUGGCUGGGCUUUGCUCUGAUUGGAGGAUGCAAUGGGAGCGUGCUUAGAGUGAAGAAGAUCUGCACUGGAGGCGUGGCCCAGCAAGACGGGCGGCUCAGAGUGGGAGACAUACUGCUCGAGGUGAAUGGGAUAAUAGUAUCAGGUCUGGGCCACAGUAAGGUGGUGGAUAUCCUUCGUAAGGUAAAGGGAAACGUCCAGCUCAUCAUCUGUAGAGACAUCAUACCCCGGGUCAAUACAGCACCCUGCACUGAUGGUUCCUUCUAUAUGGCCUCUUGCCAUAGAGACAACAUUGCCGCCUGCCCUGGAUCAAAUAUGGCCUCCUGUCCUGGAUCAGGAUCCAAUAUGGCCUCCUGUCUUGGAUCAAAUAUGGCCUCCUGUCCUGGAUCAAAUAUGUCCCCUUGUCCUGGGUCAAAUAUGAUGACCUGCCAAGGAGUCAACAUGGCUAUCAGCACUGGGUCAAAUAUGGCCUCCUGUUCUCGAUCAAAUAUGGCCUCCUGUCCUGUAUCACAUGUGACCGCCUGCCCUGAAGCCCAUAUGGGGGAUAAAGCGGAGCUUGUCUCUAACCCUGCUGCCUGCUCCUUACCUGAUGUCCAGCAGGAGGACCUUCCCCCUGAGUUGACUUCAGAUCCAGUACCCUAUGUAGAGGAGGAUAUUACCCCACUUUCUCCCCCACCCCUCUCUCCUCCCCAUCAUCCCGCACACCGCCUGCAGGCCCUGACAGGGGGCAUGGCUGGACAGGAGAGCUGUAACAGUACACCCUCUCAUCCGGCUUGCUGUCUGUCUAGCAAGAGUGUGACUAACUUGCUGUAUGACGCUUCUGACAGGAACCAAAUCUCUGUGACGACAUUGGGCGAACCCAUCACGGGCAGCAAGAAAAGCCAAUCAGACGGCUGGAGCAGCGAGGAUGAGGAUGAUGGGACGUUUGAAGCUAAUGAUCAGGAGAUGAUGUCACCUUCCUCAGGCCCACCUAUAAUUUCAGAAGAAGAGUUGGCCAGCCUAGCCAUGAUCAGUCCAGCUAAGACCAGUCAAUACUCUGGGCCCAGAGUGAAAGCCCUGAUACAGAUACUACAACAUCAACUAGACCAGCAAGAACUGGUCCGAGAGUUCAUGGCCUUGGAGCAUCUAAAGCCAUUUGAUAACUGUCUGGUGGGGAAAGCUCCUGAGAACCGGGAGAAGAACCGCUACCAGGACAUCCUGCCCUAUGAUAAGACGCGUGUUCUAGUGGGUGAUAACCAGGACUAUAUUAACGCCAGUUAUAUCCGUAUGGAGGUUGGCAGCGAGGAGUUCUUCUAUAUCUCCUGCCAGGGUCCUCUGCCCUCCACCGUGCCCGACUUCUGGCAGAUGGUCUGGGAGAACAGGUCUGAUGUGAUAGCCAUGAUGACCCAGGAUGUGGAGAAAGGCAGGGUGAAGUGUCACCGCUACUGGCCAAAGAAGGUUAGCUGUCCCCUGGACACGGGACGCUUCCAUCUCAGCCUGGAGAACCAGCAGAUCCUGGAAUACUUCCACAUCAAGAUAAUCCGCAUGGUGGAGAAAGAGUCUGGUAAGACCCACUUUGUCCGUCACCUGAAGUUUACCCGUUGGCCUGACCACGGUGUGCCGCAGUGUUCAGAGCAGCUGGUCAGGUUUAUCCGUUACCUCCGAGCGGUCCACCAUAAAGGACCUGUCACUGUACACUGUAGUGCUGGAAUAGGACGAACAGGAGUACUGAUCUGCACCGAUGUCAUACUGAGUCUCAUAGAAUACGAUCUCCCGAUCAAGGUCAGCAGCAUUGUUAGGGAGAUGAGACUGCAGCGAUAUGGCAUGAUUCAGACCAAGGAACAGUACCUAUUCUGCUACAAGGUAUGGUUGGAGGUUCUACAGGGCAUCCUGCAGCUGCAUGGUAACCGAUGGCAUCCUGAGAGCCCCCACAAAUUGUAACGCGAGAGCCCCCGCAAACUUAUGGGCCCUCACAAACACAGUAACCGAUGGCAACCCGAGAGCCCCCAUGAAGAUAACCAAUUUGUUUAACCAGUUACUUCCCCCCUUCCCAAAGAAGAUACCUUAUCAAUGAAGAUGUGUAAUAUUUGAAUAGUUGACUAUGUAAGUUAUACAUUUGUUAGCAGUUGAUUUUGUUAUGAGCACUGUAAGUAUGUGUUUUAGCCAACUACUUUAUUUGUUGUCAUGCCUAACAUGACUAUUAACAGUUGGCUAUAGCACAUAUAGAUGGAAGACCAGGCUGUUUCUGCAGAGUUUUGAUAUUUGGGUUAUGAAUUUAUUGAUGGAGGUAGACAUUCUUACUGUUGGUUCUUUCUUUGUUCUCAAACUGUGAUUAUAGUAUUUAAAAAUUGUGAAAUAAAUGCAUGCUAAUCAUUUAUUAAUUCUGUCCAUGACUGAAACCAAAAGUGAAUCGAAUCAAGUGCCUUGGAAAGACUUGCAGGUUUAUGUGACACUGAUUCAUAAUCCAGGUUUCUGGGGGUAAAUCCAAACAUGCGAUCUUGGAGUGCUAAGAGACUCAUAUUUUUGUUUGUUUCACCCCCAGAAACCUGGAAACCAGGUUUGAUUGAACAGGACCCUCAGUACACAUGCUCUGUGUGUUUCUGUAAGGAAUGUCUGUCCGAUACUGUUUUUGUUCGAAUCGUGUUGUCCCAAAACUUUUGCAGCACUGUAGUGAAACUUUAUUCAUUUUGCAGUCUAAUCUCUAUGACCACUGAACAAGUGCUUGAAGUUUGAAAUAUAAUGGGGGUCAAAUGCACAAAAUCAUUGUACAGUAACAUCACCAUUGUAGCUGCAGUUUCAGUAGCAUGAUAAUAUACCUCACUGUAACAUUCACUACCAGUACAGUAUAGCCUCGGUCUGAUCACUAUGUAUUACUUUGGACCGUCACAAAAAGUUGUUCUGAAAUACUGCUUUGUUUCACGGCGUGGUAAGGGCUGGAUCACAAUUAGAAACUGAUAUUUUUUAUUUUCAGUAGGUCACAGGUGCUGUAUAUGACAAGGCAGUUGGCUAUAGCAAUAUCUACAAGCAGAGAGAGCGAGAGAGAGAGAGAGAUUUACCUACAAGUGCUAACUGACAGAACAUGGAAAAGAGUCCCUCUGCAGGCUUACUGAAGGGUAAAUAAGUGUGUCUCAGAGGUGCCCUUGUGACUGCAUGGGAAAAAAUAUCUUCUCCUCUCUAACUAUAAGGCACAUGUGAGAGGACUAUCUUUGCUUUAGCUGUAAGGAGAGGAGGAGAGGAUGUCCAGAGGUGAUAGAGGAGUGUGGUGAACAUGGGGAGGUGGUAGAGUAAUUAGUUGUGGUGUGUUCAGUGAUUUACAAACCAUGGGAACAUGUAGAAAGGAACUCACCAACUUCCAGUAAAUCAUCUCUGUUGGGUUCACAAAGAAACACACACACACAACCAUCUUUUCUGUUAAUACAUUUUAAAUGCAGGCUGUAACACAACAAAAUGUGGGAAAAGUCAAGGGGUAGAAUACUUUCUGAAUGCAGUGUAAAUAGGGGACUUCACAUUUCACCAAAACACAACAUAAUGAUAGCUUCUCAAUGUAGUUUUUUUAACAACCAGUUAAUCCAAUAGCAAAAAAUGCUAGAUCAUUUUUUUUUAAUUGCCCUUUGAAUGUAAUAUGCUAUAAUAACGUACAUUACACCGUUUUUACAUUAGGCAAUACACUUGCACUACCGACUGAAAAUCACAUUUCUAUCCCAUGUGUUAUCAAAGUUGUGAUCCCUGAAGACAACGUUCACAAUCAUUGAUGCAAAAAAUAAAAUGUUAA